GCGAAAGUAUUGGUUGCUCACAAAUUGGAGCAAGUGAAACUUUUUCUACAUGAUCGCGAACAAAUCACGUACGCAUGUCCAAACUGUUUACAAUGCACGUAAAGUGUGCAGAGUCUCAUCCUCACUCCUUGAAUUCGUCGUAGCUUACUAUAAAAACCUUUGCUCUCAAUCAACAGGACAUUAGUCUUACUUUCAAACGUGUUUAAACACUUCCGGAUUCACUUGACUUAUCCAACAUGGCUUUUAAGUUCUUCGUAGUUUUGGGAUUCAUAGCAGCAGCCACUGGAAGUGUUAUCGUUGGUCCACCAGCACCAGUUCCAGUAGUCAAAUCAGUAUCUGACCAUGAUCCAUUUCCUCAAUACAGUUACGCUUAUGAUGUCCAUGACAGUCUGACUGGUGAUGCCAAAUCCCAACAUGAAACAAGAAAUGGAGACGUUGUUAGUGGGAGUUACAGUCUGAUUGAAGCCGAUGGAACACGGAGAGUUGUGGAAUAUACUGCUGAUCCCGUCAAUGGAUUCAACGCAGUAGUCCAUAGAGAACCUGCUGUUGUCAAAGCAGCAGUGGCUCCUGCUGUAGCUCCAGCUGUUAUUAAGAAAGUAGCAGCAGUACCUGCACCAGCUCUUCCAGCAGUUCCCGUGCCAGCUUUUCCAGCAGCUCCUGCACCGGUGUUUCCAGCAAUUCCUCCACCAGCCUUUCCAACAUUUCCUGCAUCAGCGUUUUCGGCAUUCCCUGCUCCAAUAGCACCAGCACCAUUUGUACCACCUUUUCCAAGUGCAACUGGUAUAUUCCCGGGUUUAAUCAGAGCUGCACCUGCUUACGGUCCUAGUCCUAUACAUCCACAUUACAACUUUUGAAGAACUUAUUGCUUGUCUAUAAUGUAUUGUUAAUGUUUAAAGGUUACUCCUAGUCAUAAUUUUGUACAUAUUAAAUAAAAAAUUGUUACGGUUAUUGGUAGUAAUAUUUAUUUAAUAUGAAUUGCUGAACUAGGGCUU